GAUGCAUGGCAUCCACACUGUGAUCUGUUGAAGGCCCUCCCUAUGGAUUGAGCCUUCCCGGGUUUUGCAACCCAAGAGCUACAACUUACGUAACCUUCCCCCUUGUUUCAGAAAGGCGUCGAUUCCCUUUGGUGAAGGACAGUCGAUUCUUCUUUCACCUUUCACACUAUCUCAUCAUCGUUGACAUCAACCAUGGAGGCUAUCAGGGUUCAGCCAGGAGAGACUGUCACGCAGCUGAGAAGGGAAAACCAUGAUGCUGAGGAAGAUCCCACACUGUCCGCUCCGCCUCGGCCAUUUCCUGUUGACGAAUUGGCUCAGCACAGACCUCGAAGCCGAGUUCAAGACACAGCAGCGAGCAUCCAAGCAGUUCAAGCCAGUAUGAUUCGGUAUUUGGAAUCGUUCAUUGCGGAUGAUUUUGUUGUUCGCCUUCCAGACAAGGACCUCGUUCGGGUCCUGACAGAGCUCCUUGAAGCAACUUACGAGCUCGAAUCCACACAGUCUUUUGCGUCUUCAUCAGCCCAGCUAGACCCAUCAUCCCUUCCUCCUGGUCAGGUUCUGGAACAUCUCUCACACCAGCUCUCAUCACUGUACAUCUCCACCCUGUCCCGACCGCCGCCCACUUUCAACCAGUCAAUCGAACCUCGAGAUCUCCAUCCUGCGAUACAUUUUGUGCACGAGGAGCUGGUCUGGAGCCGUGUGGAGUCGCUCACUCAUGCGGCUCUAAGCAUGAUCAGAUCCGGCUCGCAGGAGAAUGACUCGCCGGAAGGGGAAGCAGAGAUUGCCACGCCUGUGGAGCAUGCUGUAGACCCUCCGCAUUACACUUUGGAUCAGCCGGAAGAGUCGUUACCGCAUUACGCUCCUGACGAUUACGACGAAGCGACUGAUGACAAGUCCGAAAGCCCGCACUCGAUGAGUGAUGCCGCGGACGAAAAGAUGCACCAGGAUCUUAUGAAUGUCUACGAUGCCAUCGAUCGAUUACACACUGUAGCUCCAGGAUAUCACGAUCAGCGCUCAGAGCUCCGACCGGGUCUGUCGCAAGCGGACAGGAGACAAGCCGAGAUACGAAGGGAGCGCGAGAAGAUGAGGGAGCUGGAAAAGAUAUGGAAUCUCAUCGAGCGGACACACAAAGGAAGACAGACGGACAAGCAGAGGGCGGAAAUUUGGGGUGGCUUGGACGGACAAGCCUCAGCACAGGCGACUGCCUCGGGCAGAUUUUCCGGAACGCGAAGCAUCAACCGAGACCUAGCUCUUGCCGAGGAUCUACGGAGAGUGAGUCAUCGUGCAGUCUCCUCCCUAAUCUCGCAGCGUGAUGCCGAGGUCAAACGUUUGCUGGUCCCCGAGCUCUCAGCUCAUGAAGCUGCAAAGCAUGCUCAGCGACAGGCCUUCAUAGCGGAUAUUCUGUCGCGCUCGAAGGCAGGCCGAUUGGUCGAUCAAGAGUAUCCAACGAGUUUCGAGGAUACGAUGAAAGACAAGCGCAAACAGUUCGUCGAAACGCUUGUCGACUUCUCCUCUUCGCGCCGGUACGGUGACCAGGACUCUCUGCCGCCCACGCCAAAGACUGCCUCAGGCAUUGACAACACCUCGGAAAUCGUCACGGUCGGGGAUUUCCUGCGCUCGAGUUCGGGUCCGAAGACGCUCGGUCGGAGCCGAUCACAAUCUCUCCCUAUUGACGAUGCUGAGACCGAAAGGCCAAAAACGACUAUGAAGCAGAAGUUAUCAGGGAUGAUCAGGCGUAGUAGUGCGGCUUUGCAUCUUCAAUCGAAAAUUGAUCAAGGUGACGCGCUAUCAUACUUGGCAGAAUAUCAAGAGAAUCUCCACACCAUACAGUUGAUGGUCCAUGGGCCGGGCCUCUUGCUCAAAGAGCAAUAUGUGCUAGAAACGUCAUCUUCUGGUCCCAGCCGAAGCGCGAACCUUAACUGCCAGGCCGUCCCCUUCAAGCUGCCCAUCCAGAUGCCUUGCCAUGUGCCAGGCAGCCAGUCUGUACCCAUGACACUGUCAGAUCUUCACCUAGAGUCAAAGCUCAGGGCCUGUCCCUCUGUUGACGGCUCGCUCGAUUCUACACUACGACACCCGUUCAUGUCAUCGGAGCUCCGGAGCAUUUCACCUAGCGGUCUAUGCUGCGCGACUUGCAGUCGUCAGCUCGCGCAUCUCACCAGCGUCCUCGAUGCCGAAGCGAGAUCCACAGGGGCCGGCUUUAAGAAUCUGCCCUCGGAGCAUUGGGCUGAGAUGAUGGAGGUCUGGAUGUGCCAUCCGGAUCCCGCAUUUACCUCUCGCGUGGCGCAAAGGAAUAGAACUGGAUUUUGGCCAGCAGACGAUCAGGUCCUGAUCGGGAACAACUACCUGCUUAUUCAUCCGGAUGAUCUAGUCAUUUACAACUGCAAGAAUGGCAACCUCGAUCAGACCGGACGGUGGGCCAGUCUGACUUGUAUCUGCGGCCAAACGCUAGGCAAGCAAUACGAAGUACCAGGAGAGAUCGGUCAUGGCACCGUCAAGUUUUACAAGUGGUCCGUCGGUCUCAUUGCCACCGGUCUAGACACAUCUCCUGAACAGCCUUGCUUCUCGACGUACGUAGUAUCCGAUAUGCUCGAGUUGGCUCAGGCGCAUGCGACCUACCGCUUCAACGUCCUUGAUGAGGAGACUGGGACGCACCGACUCUGGCUUUGGCUCUUCACUCCCUCGUUGCGGGUGGCAUACCGCACAUGUUCAUCUGCUCUGCCCACACCUAACGUCCCCACGGGGUCGACUCGAAAAUCUGCCUCUACCGACAAAUCGCGCGAGUCAGCUGGGAUCCGUGCCUCCAAGAUCAUGUACCAGAUCCCAGAUGAUGUCACGAGCGAAUGUGCUAUGUUCGGAGAACAUUCCCAAGUCGAAGAACUGCGCUAUCCGCGCGAGAUCUGCGAAAGACUGGCAGAAACGCUGCUGUGCAGCACUUUGGCGUAUCCUGUCGCCAAACGAAAGAUGGGCAGCUUUUCCGUUGGCUUUCUCGAAAGAGUUUAGUAAAAUCUUGUCAAAAAAGCCUGUACAGCUUGUAUCACCCCUGUUGUAGAUCAUCAUAAUCA